UUACUGGUGCUACUGUCAGAGUGCGCAGGAGGCUCUCGUUGCAUGCUUCAUUCUUAUCCUACUCUCGAACUGCAUUUCAUCUACUAAUUGACCAAAACCGUAUCAUCAUGACAUUCGAAACUAUUGACCUGGGGGUCAUGCAAAUUGGCACUCUCGAGGAUCAGAAAAAGGUCGGGGAGGCCAUCAAGAAUGCCCUUGAACGACAGGGAUUUCUGAAGCUUACCAACCACGGCAUUGCGCCAGAGAUGAUUGACGAGUUAUUUGCUUGGAGCAAGCAAUUCUUUGCCCUGCCUGACGAAGUCAAAGCGAGAGCUCCGCACCCACCCACCCCGACUCCAAAUCGAGGUUAUAGCGCGGUGGGGAUGGAGAACACUUCCGUGCACGGCAAUCUGGGCAAGAAAGGUGGGAAAGUCCUUCCCCCGUUGAUCGACAUGAAGGAAUGUUUCGAUCAAGGCGCCGCCGACGACGAGCUCUACAACAAUAUCUGGCUCCCCGAGUCCGAUCUUCCCGGCUUCCGGACCUUCAUGGAGUCUUACUUCGAGGCUGGAUUUGCCUGCCAGCAACGUAUCCUCAGCGCAGUGGCCCUGGGCCUGGGGCUGCCACCCACUGCGUUCGACCACCUCCAUCACAAACGCCAGAACGAGCUUCGCCUCACCCACUACCCGCCCAUCGAAGCGCGACAGCUCCAGGACGGCACCAAGACACGCAUCUCAGAGCAUACCGACUUCGGCACCAUCACCCUCCUAUUCCAAGACUCGGUGGGUGGGCUCGAGGUUGAAGACCACACUUCCGUCGGCACCUUUCAUCCCAUCGAGUCGGAGAGGUAUGAGAUGAUCGUCAACAUCGGAGAUUGCUUCCAGCGCUGGUCGAACGGGGGGCUGCGCUCAACGCGACACCGCGUGCACGUCUCCCAGCGCGAUUUGCAGAAUCAGUCCGAGUUCCUUCCCGGAAGGUACUCGGUCGCGUACUUCACCAAACCGAACCGCGAUGCAAGCGUAGGGUCUAUGCCGGAGUUACUGAAGCCAGGGGCGCAGGCGAUUUACUCCGACCUCACGGCGGGCGAAUUCGUCUUGCAGCGGUCGGCGACCACGUACGGGAGUUACGAGGGUGCCGGGGAGAAGCAGACAAAACUGUAG